AUUGCUAUUACUUUUAGGUCACAUAAGAAGUAUGUCCAUGCUGCACAUUGUGUUGUAAUGAAAGAAUCCAUUGAUAUAAAGACAUUGGAGACAUUACCCGAAGAGAAAAAUUACAGAUCAAAUUCUAUUUUAGACAUACAUAUAUCAUCAGAAUGUGCUGCAAACCAAAUAUUGUCUACGGAGAGUGUACCUAGUCCAAAAGAAUAUGAAAUACUAAAAGAAAAAUUAAAAAUGGCUGAAGAGGAAAGGGAUAUCCUAAAAAGCAGAGUUAAUGAUUUAGAAAAAAAUAUCGCUGAAAAUACUGAAAUAAUCAAUACAGUUCUUAAUAAAGAUCAACAAAGAGCAAUUGUAUACGGUACUACAAGAGGUUCCAAGUGGUCAGAUGAAACAAUCGAAAAAGGAUUAUACUUGCAUUUUGCAUGUGGAUCACAUGGCUAUAAUCAGAUAAUUAAACUUGUUGCUCCAUUUCCUUCAUUGAGAACUUUAAGAAAUAAGAUAGAGGAUAUUAAAUUUGAACCAGGAGUAUUUGAAGAUGUUUUCAAAUAUCUACAGUUGAUUGUUCCUCAUAUUUCACCUACAUGGAAAAUCUGUGGACUAGUAUUUGAUGAAAUGGCGAUUAAAGAACAGAUUGAUUUUGAUACAAAUACAAAGGCAUAUAUUGGAAAUGUGACAUUGUCUAGCAAUACGAAUAGAUUAGCAA